CAGAGCAGGUGGCGCUAGUUAAGGACGUCACGAUCAUUGACAGCGUGAGGCCCGUGUGGCUGCUGCUGCUAUGGUGGCUGGCGGCCGGGUGCACUAUGUCUAGACUGGGGGCCCUGGGUGGCAGCCGCGCUGGAUUGGGACUGUUAUUUGGUACUGCCGCCGGCCUUGGAUUCCUGUGCAUCCUUUAUAGCCAGCGAUGGAAAAGGGCCCAGAGCCGUGGCCGGAGCCACAGUCUGCCCAAUUCCCAGGACUAUGCUCAGGCUUCAGAGCGUGGACGCCAGGUAAUGCAGUUGCGGGCGGUCCCAGGUGAAGCUGGAGAUGCUGCAGCACUGCCCAGCAUUCCACAGGAGGGGCAGGAGAAGGUGCUGGACCGCCUGGACUUUGUGCUGACCAGUCUUCUGGCACUGCGGCGGGAGGUAGAGGAUCUUCGGAGCAGCCUGCAAGGGCUGGCUGGGGAGAUUGUUGGGGAGGUCCGAUCGCAUAUAGAAGAGAACCAGAGAGUGGCUCGGCGGCGCCGGUUCCCUUUUGCCAGGGAGAGGAGCGACUCCACCGGCUCCAGCUCCAUCUACUUCACCGCCUCCUCAGGGACUGCACUCACAGACGCCGAGAGUGAAGGAGGCUACACAACAGCCAAUGCCGAAUCUGACUACGAGCGGGACUCCGACAGGGAGAGCGAGGACGGCGAGGACGCAGUGAGCUUCGAGACUGUGACGAUGGGGAGGAAGGAUUCUCUGGACCUUGAUGUGGAGGUGGCUUCAGGCCCAGCAGCUGCUGCCGUGGAGGCCGCUGGCUCCUCGGGCCCCGAGGAGAUGCUGCUGCUCCUGCAGCAGGCAGACGAGCUGCAUGGGGGCAGUGAGCAGAACAAGCGUGAAGGCUUCCAGCUGCUGCUCAACAAUAAGCUGGCGUAUGGAAGCCGACAAGACUUUCUGUGGCGUCUGGCCCGGGCCUACAGUGACAUGUCUGAACUUACUGAGGAGGAGAGCGAGAAGAAGUCCUAUGCCCUAAAUGGAAAAGAAGAAGCAGAGGCUGCUCUGGAGAGGGGAGACGAGAGUGCUGAAAGUCACCAGUGGUAUGCAGUGCUUUGUGGUCAGCUGGCUGAGCAUGAGGGCAUCUCGAAGCGUAUCCAGAGUGGCUUUAGCUUCAAGGAACAUGUGGACAAGGCCCUUGCCCUUCAGCCACAAGACCCCAGGAGUCACUUUCUUCUUGGCAGGUGGUGCUACCAGGUCUCUCACUUGAGCUGGUUGGAAAAAAAAACAGCUACAGCCUUGUUCGAAAGCCCUCUUACUGCCACUGUGCAGGACGCGCUUCAGAGCUUCCUAAAGGCUGAAGAACUACAGCCAGGAUUUUCAAAAGCUGGACGGGUGUAUAUUUCAAAGUGCUAUAGAGAAUUAGGAAAAAACUCUGAAGCUAGAAGGUGGAUGAAGUUGGCUCAGGAGCUGCCAGAUGUUACUAAUGAGAUGUUCUUCCUGGGCAAAUGAGGUGGCUCAGAAGACUGGCACCAAACUUGAGCUCAAUUCCUGGAACCCACAUGGUGGAUGGAGGAACCGACUCCUGGAAGUUGUCCUCUGGCCUCCAUGUGUGCACAUGCAUGGGCAUGUCCAUGCCUAUACAAAUACACAUGGUAAAAAAAGUU